ACCGCUAUGUUAUUUACGUUUUAGACAAUAGCAACGUUGCAUUUACAUCUCAAACUCUUACUGAGUCCGUGUGCGGCGCGUAACCUCCAGCGGGCGCAUGGUCCCAAGGCUUUACUUUGCGCAGCUAGAACUCCACGCCAACCCAGUGACAAGCGGCCAUGAAUCCCAACCCAGCACCCGAUAACUUGGACGUCGUGCCCACGGAGAUUGGGGGCGUUGAACUCACCGGCUUCAAAAUUCUGGACACAGAAUAUGUGUCGCUGCCAGAGAUACGGAAUAAGGUAUUAUACAAGUCUCCGGCACAGAUCUACAACAAGCAGAAGCAGCUGAACCUGCAGAGUGCAUUCCCCGUCUCUCCACGCCAGUUCAUGAUCCUGAAGGAGCGAGGUGCCGUGGACCACAAUGCCAAAUCUUGCUCCAUGAUCUCCAAAGAAGAUGCUGAGAAGCUGUGUCAGUCCUUCCGCAACUACAGGAGCAGGAGCAGGAUUGGCUCAUUGGGGUCACCUAUUGAUUUCAGGGCUAUCAUGAAGGCAUCUUCACUCCAAGGCUUCCCUCUGGCUGAGUUGGCAGCUGCUCAGGCAGCACACGCCCAGGCAGCCGCCGCAGCUGCAGCUGCACACGCAUCCUCCGCCCCAAUCACGACCCACGGGGACACGGUAACCACCACCGCCAACGGCAACCCCCCCACCACACAGUACCUGGGCGGGUCGACCCGCGGCGAGCUGGCCGACGUCAUCUCCGUACUGGACGACGAGCUGGACCAGAUGGGUUCCCCGGGCAUGAAGGGGCAGGAGUCUCCGUCCACCCCCGCCACCACGGCCUCCAGCAGCCCCGGCCACAUGGCACUACCUCAGCUCUCCCAGCAGGACCUCGCCGAGCGCCUGCAGAGCACCAUGGGAGAGCAGCUCAGCAUCAAGCAUGUCAGCGAGUACGGCGUGCAGCAGGGCAGCCUCAUCCCCAAGUACCAGACCCGCAGCGACUCCAAAUGCAUCAUGUGCAAGACUUGUGGCAUCUUCUUCUCCCCGUCCGCCUUCCUCAAGCAUCUGCACGACGAGUACGGCAAGCGCAUUGAGAGCACUGCACAGGUGUUGCAGUUAGACCUUGAGAGCCCAUCGGAGGAGCAAUACAAGAUGUGGAUGGACUUCCAGCUGAAGCUGAAGGGGAGUCUGUACCGGAAGCGAGCCCUGGCCAUGCAGGAGCUGGGCAUCAUGUCCCCCGAGCUGAAGCGUUUCUGCGGCAACAACGAGGGCCCAUGUCUCUCACCACGGCCAACGUUGGGAGAAGAAAUAACAUCUCCUGUGAAACCCCACCUUCCUCCAUGCUUGCCAACCACACUCAGGGAGCGAUGAUGACCAACGGCCUGCCCCAGCUGCCCCAGCCUCUCAACCUGGUGCGCAAACCCUCCCCACCCACCAACAUCCACUCUGGAACCAACGGCAAUGGGGAGCACCAUGACUCCCACCCCAGCGCAGAGGGACCCACCUUCAAGAGAGAAGACCCAGUCUGUAUCCUGGAAACUGCUCAGGAACUGCUCGCUCUGGCUGCACACAAACUCAGACGUGUUCGUGAGCAGGAGGAAGGCUCAGACCAUGGUGGGGAGUGGAAGACCAGGUACCUACAGGAGAAGACUUCCAGGGAGCAGGCUGAAGAACGGAUCAAGCAGCUGGAAGAACUGUUGGAGAGAGAGCAGAAGAUGCGGUCCCACCUGGAGGCUGCCAUGGCAGAGUCUGAGGAUGAGGACCAACUGCACAUCGAUGAGGAGCGAUCCCUUUCUCCCACCGAUUCCCCGUGAUCCCCCCAUCUGGUGCAAUGGUUUCUUCCAGAGCCCACCGAGUCCCCUUGUGGUCUCUGCCAUACAUCUGAAUUGAACAUUUUAGUUGCUUCUAGUCAUGGUGGUUUACAGUGGUGAAGGGACCACUCUUCUCUUCUCUGCGACUUCUACCUCAGAGGCCUCCUCGUGCACAGUGAUUGAGUUACAAUCCAAUAUUCAGAAAUGUGUGAUAACUACUAGGUAGGUGGGAUCACUGUACUCCAGCGGCUGCUUUAUUUACGGGUUGUGAUUUGAAUGGUUGUAUUUUGCUUCAUAUCUGAUCUUGUGUGGGUACCUUGUGGCAUAACUACCUCUACCUCAAACACCACAAACUAUGUACAAUUCAAACUUUACAUCAAUAGGUAGGUCUGCAUUAAGCAGAUCAAUAUACAUGUACUUUCUAUUUUGAUAUGCUUUCAAACUGUGGCAAUCCUCAGAUUAGCUAUGUAUCUUUGAGCAGCAGUUUGUUUCCAAUGAAAAGUGAAGAUUUAUUGUAAUCCAAAGAGAUUUUUUACUUCCUAUGUUAUUCAGUAUGCAACAUAAAGUCAAUCUGUCUACCUCACACUUACCUGACCACAGAACUAUGCUGCAUGUCUCGGGGUCAAACUCCCGGACAAGGAUCAACAUUUGGUUUGCAUUUGUAUCAAAGAUCAUCUCUUUGGAUUGUUGUCCUUCAUAUUACCUCAGUUCAGUACAAUCUCAACAUGCCAUCUGGAUUUUCAAGUGUUACUGCUGCUUGGUUGUCACAUAGGGGACAGAACUGUUCAAUACCUGUAAACCUCAGUCCCUGUACUUGUACUUGUACUAGCUGUUACCUUGGAAUAGUUGCAUCAUACUACUGUCUACUUACUUCUUAUAACAUCACGUCUUAGAGCUCCUGAUAUGUAAGACUGUGUGUGUGACAUGUAGUGUGUAGUUUAAGGCACUUUUAGUGUAAGAUACUGUAGCUAACAAUGUAGCUUGUACAGUUAGGAAGAAUGUUAAGCGUGUAAAAUGCCAAAGAUGUUUUUCUGUUCCCGUUUUUGUCCAAGGAGACCACGAGUGUCCUAGUGUGGCUCUCCAACUUCUCAGGAGACCGUUAGGGUCUUACAAUUGUUUUAGGUAAGUUUUAAAUGUUGUCGUGAUGUGGAAGCGUGUGACAUUAACACAUUAACUGUGUAAAGUUGGCAUGAUGUGAUAGAUGUUUCAUACACUUAAGAUAAGGAACGUACCACUUGCCUCCACUGCCAAGUCCAAUAUUUCUUACUGUAAAGUCUCCCAGAAGGGCUUUUAAUACUGUAAGUAUCCUAAUAUUAACACACAAGUACACAACCUAGAGACAAGUAGGGAUUGGAUGUAAGGUCCCGAAGGAAGAACAUGUCUGGGGCCUUUGGGUAUCCGUGUAGCUAUGAUGAACAAUAAGUCCUACCUCUUCAGACUCGGAUAGACUAAUGGUACAUGCCAGAGCUUUUAUUUGAAUGUGAGUGUAUGCCAAUUCUGUUUUGCUUACUUAUGAGUCACAGUAGAGAUGUGAUCACUGCACAGUAGGCAUAAUCCUUGACUUGCUUUAAUUUAUGGAGAUAUUUGUUGUAAUUUAAUUUUGUUGAUAGUGUAGAUGACUAGAUGUAGGCAUGUUCAGUGUGAACACAUAGCAGAAAGUGAAAUAUCCUGUCAAAGAGGCCAAAAACGAUCGUACCAGGUUGACUGUUGCAGCCCAUUUUAACAGAUUGCAAGCCACCUCUCCAUUUCUGAUUUUAGGAUCGUGGUCUAACACACAGAGUAUUAUAUAAUGUCUUUCCUUGUACAGCUCCUGAUCUAUACAUGAGGGAGAAUGCCUGUUCAAUUGUUGAAAACAAAGUAAUUGUCGUAUUUGCAAAGAUGAGUCAGAAUAGGCGUUUAAAAUUUUCCCCUUAAAUGCAGGUUGCAACUCUGUUACAUGUCAACAACUCAGGGCAAUGUGCCGUGGGCAUACCUGCACUACCUCUCUCUCAGACAGGGCACACAUAUACAAGGCAGGGCAGGAAACAUUGUGUUACCUACAACUCAUCAGGAAUAGAAGCAAUAUUUUCCAGAAGAAUCAGAUUUUACUGUCAGUUUGAGAGCAUGUAGAAAAGUAAUCUAAGACUGAAACUGGUAACUUAAAGGUGGUCCAGCAUUGACCCAGUGGGCAUUUGCACAGUCACACCUCUUACACCUGGUCCCAUCUCCCACUCUGAUCUCAGGUAUUAUGAUGACAAUUUUAAAUGCAAACAGUGAACAUUCAGUAGCAAGCAUGAAAUAUCACCAGUAACUUAUCCCAUAUGGAAUGAUGAAAAUGACUGAAUAAACUGGGAUAUUUUUAC